AUGCGAAUGGUCAAGGAACGUCAAACAGGCCUAAGACAGAAUCUCUGGAAAUGGCGCUACAAGCUCAAGAACAUCGGCAAGAGCGGCGAAAAGACGCUGUCCGAUUUCUCGUCGGCCGAGGUUGCCAAGGCUGGCGAGUUUGACGACACUGCCAAGACUAGGUCCAAGACGAACAAAACCUCCAAGAACCCGUUGGCGUCCUCGGUUCCAAGCAAGAACGCCGACCUAGGGUCCAGUGUCUCGGUGAAGACGCUAUACGAGGGCCCCAACAGCCACGAUGAUUUCUACGACUGGGUCGACUACCCGCCCAAGCAACUGAGUAAGAGUGCUGUCAAGGCUCAGGACCGUGUUGCCAUCAAAGUGUUCAAGGUCAAGGACACGGAUAAGCCCGUCAUCUCGGGCCGCUCCAGCCUGCGCUAUCACAUGGUUGAGAUCCAGAACCCGCUGCUCCUGGCCGCCCUCGGCAACAUUCUGAAGAAACAGGACGUGCAUCUAGACGCAAACGAGAACGCGAGCUUCCAGCACCCCUUCACCAAGCUGUAUUUUGGCUACCCAGAUAUUUUGGCCGCCUACCGGGCACUCGGCAAUGACGACGCCAGCAACGCCCUCCGUCCCUUCCUACUCCUUCUCAUCCGCUUGCUCGAUGACAUCUUUACCGACACGCGGGCCAAGCUCGAGCAACUCCGCGCCAGCGGGCUCGUUUCAUACAAGCUGGCCUGGGCCUUUUUCCCUCGCAACACAACCGUCAUCGCAUGGGGCAACAACUGCGAGCUGCUCUGCAAAGUUACUGAUACGGCCUACAACUGUGCCGGAACUAUGAAGUUUCUGCAGAUCGAGGGCAAGGUACUUCGCUUCAAUGGCCGCGGCUUCCAGUGGGAAGAUUACCAGAUUAAGUUGCCUGAGUUUUCCGGCAACAAGCUCAUCACUCAGCUGCCAGCGUACCCCCUCGAAUUCCACGAGGGAGCCGACGAGGUAGAGGCGCGGUUGACAGCGCGGGGGCGCAAGGUGCUGGACUACCAGGGCCUGGCCUAUGUCAACUACACGGGCAUUGCCAUGCAUCAAGAUGGGAAGGAUAUGCAGAAACACAAUGUUGACGGCAGGGUGCUCAUCGACGUGGUUGGCUUUAACAAGCAUCACCUCGCGCUGGGGUCACGCGAGGGAGGCGACCCCGAGACGCAGAAGCAGCAGCUGCCCGUUCUCGGCGACGGCGACCACGAUAGCGACGACGGGGACGAGGACCACACAGCCCGCAAUCUAGCCACGGACGCGGCGUCGGGCGGCACCAGCGCCAAGAAGUCCAUGACCAAACGGAUUGGGCAAGCGGCACAGAGGCGCAACCGGGAAACACUUCUCGCCUGCGAGGCCAAGGAACCGCACUUCAUGUAUAUGCUGCCGCUGAUCGAGGGUUAUGCGCUUAUAAACAAGCUGUGGGUGGCCUUCUACGUCGAGGACAUCUCGCCGGUGGUGUGGAACGACCAGGCCUACGACCACCUCGUCUACGACGAGCAGCAGAAGGACCUGGUCAUGUCGUUUGUUGAGAACCACGGAGCUGUCGCGGUCCAGAAGCGAUCGAAGGCGAUGCAGGAUGUCAUUGCCGGGAAGGGCGAGGGUUUGAUCAUUCUGCUCAGCGGUCCCCCAGGGACGGGCAAGACGCUGAUGGCCGAGGCCGUGGCGGACCGUACGCAUAGACCGCUCUUCUACCUGCAGGCCGAAGAUCUCGGCACAAACCCGGCCAUCCUGGGCGCCAACAUCAAGAGGGUGUUCGAGAUGGCGACCGAGUGGAACGCCGUGAUCCUGCUUGACGAAGCCGAUGUCUUCAUGGCUGAGCGACACCCCUCAGACAUUACGCGCAACGAGCUCGUCUCCAUCUUCCUGCGCGAGCUCGAGUAUUACCGCGGCAUCAUCUUUUUGACCACCAACCUGUACAGCACCAUCGACUCGGCCUUCCGCAGCCGCGUGAGUCUGCACCUGCUGUUCAACUCGCUGACGCCCGAGGCGCGGACCAUUGUGUGGCGCAAGUUCUUGGACCGGCUACCGCCUCCAGUUGCCAUGCCGGGCAAGAGCCUUUGUGCCGGUGCCGAUGACGAGGGACCACUGGCGGCCGUGGAGCUGACUGAAGACGACGUCAAGGAGCUGUCGGCGUGGCAGCUCAACGGCCGCGAGAUCAAGACGGCCGUCAAGAUGGUCCGCACCUGGUGCGACCACAAGGGCUACGACAUGACGCUGUCGCGCCUCGAGAACGGCAUCAAGGUCACCAGCCCGCACGCCAGCAAGAGCACGAGCGACAACGACACGUCGCUGUACGAUGACUGA